UGAUUAUAGCAUAAAGACUCACAAAACCAAAACCAAAACCAAAACCAAAACCCAAACCCAAACAGAAACCUAAACCCAAACCAAGACUAAAACCAAAAAUGUCAGGUGAAAACUCUGAAAACCAAAAAUCUCGUCCCAUUGCCAACUUUCAUCCAUGUCAUUGGGGUCACCAUUUUCUUAAUUUCGAAAAUCCUCAUCACGACGAGGAAAUCCAAGCUCAGAAAGAGCAAGAAGUGAAACAACUGAAAGAGGAAGUGAAGAAGGAGUUGGAGGAAACUAAGGGCAACUCAGUUGAGCAGCUGAAUUUCAUCGACGGCAUCGAACGUCUUGGGCUAGAAUAUCACUUCGAAAAUGAGAUUGAGGAUGCAUUAAAGCUGGUGUUUGAGAGCUUCCAUGACCAAUGUGUCAAAGACGAUCUAUACCAUGUUUCUUUGCGAUUUCGAAUUCUAAGGCAACAUGGCUUCUUUGUGCCUUGCGAUGUGUUAAACAAGUUCAAGGAUGAGAAUGGAAGCUUUAUGGAGUCCAUAAUCAAGGACGUUCGAGGAUUGUUAAGCUUGUAUGAGGCCUCCCAUGUCCGAGUUCAUGAUGACAAAAUACUCGACGAAGCCCUUUUUUUUACUACAACUCAUCUCAACGCUGUGGUUGACGAGUUAAGCUCUCCACUUGCGGAUCAAGUUGCUCAUGCCCUUCACCAACCUCUUCACAAGGGGAUGCCCCGAGUAGAGUCUAGGCAUUACAUCUCCAUUUAUGAAAAGGAUGCAUCUCAUAAUAAGACUCUCCUCAAAUUUGCAAAGCUAGAUUUCAAUUUGCUCCAAGCCUUGCACCAAAAGGAGCUAAAAGAUUUAACAAGUUGGUGGAAAGGACUACAUAUGAAAGCAUCAUUUGGUAGAGAUAGGUCAGCAGAGGCGUAUCUUUGGAUUUUAGGUUCCUACCACGAACCCCAAUUUUCUUUUGCAAGGAAAAUUUAUAGAAAAAUAUUCAAGGCAACUGUACUAUUGGACGAUACAUAUGAUGCUUAUGGGACGGUUGAAGAACUCCAACCCCUUACUGAAAUGUUUCAAAGGUCAUGGGACAAAAGUCAUGUGGACCAACUUUCGGAGCAUGUGAAAUGGGGUUAUUGCGCAAUGGUUGAAGCAUGUGAGGAAGGUGAGGAAGAUCUUGCCAAACUAGGAAGAUCAUUUUGCGUUAACUAUACAAGAGAACAGGUGAAAGCUUUAAGCCAAGCCUAUUUACAAGAGGCAAUAUGGUGCGACAAAAAAUAUGUUCCUACAUAUGAUGAGUAUAUGAAGAUUGCAUUGGUAACAUCUCCCUAUCCUCAUGCCACAGUUGCCUGUUUCCUAGGCAUGGGAGACAUUGCAACGAAAGAGGUAUUUGAAUGGGCAUGCCAAGAUCCUAUGCCUAAUGUCAUUAAAGCUGCAUCUACAAUUCUUCGACUCAUGGACGACUUAGGUGGCCAUAAGUUUGAACAAAAAAGGAAGCAUGUGGCCUCGGCUGUGCAAUGCUUGAUGGAGAAACAUGGGAUGUCUGAGGAGGAAGCAAAAGAGAAGAUAAGUGUAGAAGUUGAGGAUGCUUGGAAAGAUAUUAAUCAGGCGAUGCUUAAACCUUAUGUUAUCCCAAAGCCUUUGCUAACUCGGAUUCUAAACUUGGCUCGUUCUGCCGAUGUUAUUUAUAAGGGUACAUCUGAUGGUUUCACCCAAGUCAACCAAACUUUUAAGGACAAAGUUGCUUCCGUUCUUGCCCAUCCGGUUCCCAUUUGAUUUAUAUUUUUCCUUUGGAUUAAUAUUUCCCCUUACAUUUCGUAUGAACACUUAUGUGGUUGGAUAUGGUAUGUACACUUUCUGUUAAUUUAGGUGAUAACGAUCCUCUCACACGUAGGGGUUCAAGUCGCUUAAAAAUUAAUGUUAAAGUUGCUUUGUUUGUUUGAUUACUUAUGAAUAAAUGAUUCAGAGUACAAUGCUUGUUCA